GAGAUCACUCCCUCUUAUCGUGAAAUUCGCUUCAUCUAUAAAGUAGCAGGAUAGAUACAGGCUGCGGAACCAAAGACGAAAAGUCCCCCUCCGCCUAUCACCUGAUAAUCUUCACGUCUCUUACACCUCCAUACGUGGCUCGUAACCCCGACACCAACUUUCCAAAGGUUUUUCCGUAAGUACGAUCGGAGCGUGUGCGGCCCAGUCUGGGCACUUUGCGGUUGACCUAUCGCUACCGCACCAGUUGACGACACUGUGACGUCGUCCGACUCUGCGUCUGCUGGCAAUCGAGACUCUAGCUUGUCAAGUCCUUUGCGCUCCGACUUGCGUUAUUAGCACACAAGCGUUGACGUACUCGUUUCCAUUCCUGCGUCAUGUCGAGUCUAUUUUCUCGUGUUAAGACGAAAUCAAUUUUAGCCAGGAUAUCCCGCGCAACAAGUGACAGCCUUCAUACCACGACUGGCGCCGACGAUGAUUUAGCCCAUACAAAGAGGAGUGCCCCGAGCAGUGACCAAACGAGGACCCAGGGGGCGAAACUGCGACGACGCCUUGUAUCCUCGUCCAAACGUGCCAAGAGUGAGGUCCGCGUCCCAAAUACCAUCGCCCAAGUCCCUGACGGCGGGUUUCUGCCUCUCAACCUUGACCACCAUCGCAGGGGAACCCACGACGCCCCCCGAUACGAGUACGGAUACCUCUCCUUCGAGUGCCACGUCGUCCUUGGCAUCAACGAACUGGAAAGGCUCGUGGAGGUCGUUUCGGAUGAACUUGCCACCCGGUACCUCACCACUCCCUUCAUAUUUUCUGCUCUUGCUCUUGAUAUCUCCUCCUCUGCCAUCAACCAGCUGAUCUCCGCGUUCCUUGAUACUUGCGCAGAUCCAUCCUCCAACGAAGCAGAGUAUCGCUGGCGUCAGGAGGCACACCUUGCAGGCGCACAUGAACUUGGCAUGUGCCUACGGUGGGGUCUUGCACGGGUCGUGAGAGUCACUGGAGGACAGGCGAUGCGGGGUCUCAUUUCUUGGGAACACUACACGGAGUUCCGUGAUUCAGAAGCAGCUCUCAGUUACCCGCACACACACUUCUCAACAUUUCUGCCACAAUCACCGCAUGCUCUCCGAUCAAUUCUGUUGACGUUGCUCGACCUCCUUACCCGUUUCGUCGCUCACGGUUCUGCGUCUGGUCAUACGCCGUCAACGCUGUCGUCGUCCUUUGGGCCAUUGCUAUUUGGUCUCGGACCGCCCGGUCUUCCAUUCCACCACACAUAUGUCCAAUAUCUGUACGCAGUCAUCGCCAUGGAACAUAUCUUGCUGGCGUACAUCCGCUGGCAGGACGCCCCACGAAUUCCACUUCCACUACCCGGUGUCGGCACUCGUGUUCCCCGCAGCAAUACUACCCCUCUUAGGGCCCCUGCUCGCCUCAAGGAGUGGAUCAGGGGAUACCCUUCGAUGCUGCCUGUUCUAUAUGACAAGGACACGCAAGGAUGGUUCCAAGUCCGUCGUGGAGCACGCACAAUACGCGUUGUCCGUGUACGCCGAAACGUUACGAAGUACUCUCCUGACCUCGUCAACACGGCUGCAAGCUGGGCACCAAGUCCUAGAGGUCGAGCCACAAAACAUAGCGGCGUUGCAGCGUCGAAGGAGUGGGAACGUAUCGCUCCGUCUGCCCUUCAACUACAACCGUCAUUCUCCGAGGGCUACAUGAAGAGAAUGAAUUUACCUUACGAUUUCCGCCCUUACACUGGUCAAGUGUCGGACGUGCCUACGACCGCUACUUCUUGGAGUCCUGGAGUUGAUGUAGACGAUCCACUCAGGCUGGCGUUAGGCCUUGGAUAUUAUACAGGCUCUCAACGCUUUAAGUCCUUGACAGAGAAGAAAUGGGUGGAGUUUGAGAAGGCGGGCUUUGGCUCCUCUGCCGUCAACGGCGAAGAACUUCAGUUGAACCCGAAUGAGAAUCUUAGAAUGAUACCUCCCGAGAAGCGUCGAACGAUGAACUGGAAUGACUUUGCAGCUAUCGGAUUUUCGCGACCCGGCGACUUCCUUGAUAUAUCACUUCACCCAAGCAGCCCAGUGAUUCACAAAGGAAUUUCAUCGUUCACUCGCAGUGCCAGUAUCGCUAGAAAGUUAAGGAAGACCCAGCACGUACAACAACCUCAGAUUGAAUUGGACUCGGAACCGGUCGUGGGAUCUGAGGUAGUGAUCGAGGAAGCGUUUUUGGGCGUAUUUUGCGAUCUGAUAUACGGAGGCGGAUGGUCAUCCAUUGGACACGGAGAAAAGAUUGACAGAGAGUCGAACUGGGCCUUGAUCGAGUUCAAGGCGCUUCCAGUCAACGAGACCUCGGUCGGACCGGGCGUCGAUCCACGCACGGAAACGAUGGUCAUGCUGUUUGAAGAGAUCGUGCCUGUGGAGUAUAGGGAGAGUCUCUUGAAGGACACUGCGGCGAGAAGCCACUCCCCGUUUCGUUCGUCGCUGUCGAUCAAGUCACGUCAAUGAAAGCUAAGCUCGAGACACAUCCAAAUUCCGUGCAAAGAUUUACCGAUUUCACUUGCCGAUCUGGUUUCACGUUCCUCUUCUGAUCCCCUACGGGUGUUUGGCAGUUUACAAGAAAACAAUAUAAUCGAUAUCAAGACACCCAUGGUUGGUCGCGUGGUCUGAAAUCACCGUCGAUCAGUCUCGUUGAACCCUCUGAGGACUUAACCUAGAAUAAUCCAGUUUGAUUGACUGUACUUAUAACCUCGAGUAU